GGGGGGGUGGACACAAUUGCUUUCCUAAGCGACGUUCCGUGUUUUGGGUCGACCGUGGUUUUGAAACAUACAUUUGAGAGGAAAACUGUACAAGUGCAAUGGCACGUACCAAGCAGACCGCACGUAAAUCCACCGGAGGCAAAGCCCCAAGGAAGCAGCUGGCCACCAAAGCUGCCCGUAAAAGUGCGCCCUCUACUGGUGGAGUGAAGAAGCCUCACAGAUACCGUCCUGGUACUGUGGCUCUGCGAGAGAUCCGUCGGUACCAGAAGUCCACCGAGCUGCUGAUCCGCAAGCUGCCCUUCCAGCGCCUGGUGAGGGAAAUCGCCCAGGACUUCAAAACGGAUCUCCGGUUCCAGAGUGCUGCCAUCGGAGCUCUGCAGGAGGCAAGCGAGGCAUACCUGGUGGGUCUUUUUGAGGACACAAACCUGUGUGCGAUCCACGCCAAGCGUGUCACCAUCAUGCCCAAAGACAUCCAGCUGGCCCGGAGAAUCCGUGGCGAGCGUGCUUAAAAUUGUUCUGUUUGUGUAUUUUUUUUAAUGUUUGUUUUUUUGGGGGAGGGUGGGAGGGUAGGGCAGGGUUCUUACACUCGACUACAUGCUUGUUCUAGUUUUUAAGCUUAAUUUUGUACUGUUCUAUUUGUGUGGUGUUUUUUUUUUUUUUUUUUUUUUUUUUUAAAUAUAAAAGUAGUGAUCGUAGGGGAGGGGUGGUCUUGUAAUUCUUGGGCGUUGCAGUAGGGGGUGGUGUCAGAACAUUCCGGGAGCUCCUCUCAGGGUUUUAAAGUUUGUAUUUUAGACUUUAGUAUACCUCUACCUGUGCGCUCUAGUAUGCAUGCUACAUAGUGAUUUAUUAGGAUGUGUGCUUUUUUUUUUUUUCUUUUUCUUUUCUUUUUUUUUUUUUCCUCCCCGUAGCUUUUUUUUUUCCUUUUCUUUCUCUUCCUUCAUUGUGGCCAUCUGGUUGUAAAUAAACUUUCCACUACCUCA